CUUAGCAGACCGCGGACAAAAAAGUCCAUCGUCUAGUAAACCCCUAAUUUAAACAUUUGACUAUUUCGAAUUGUUUGGUUACCCGUUACAGUGAUAAAAAUAGACACCUUACAAAUUAUAAAUAAGUUCUUAGUUCAUGGAUUUAAAUUUCUAGUUAUAGGAUGCAUAUCAUGCAUAAAUAAAAAUUACUUACGGUUAUAUGUGUCUUCUACUUGCCGUUUUUCGUGUGAUGACUCCAUUUUCAAUAUCAAAACAAACUAUUAUCGUCAGAUGCAAUCUUGUUUAUUAAAUUUCUAGACUAUUAUUGGUAGAUAUUUAUACGUUGAGUUUUUGUGUAGCUAAAUCAUCGUUUGCGUUGUUCACUCGAAACCGUGACAUUCGGCUGUAAAUAAAUUUGGGAACUGGCCAGUUCUUUUGUCAUGACUACUUUGCAAUCAGAAGAUUGUCAAACUAAUGACCUAAACGACUUAUUUCCGAUGUCUAUUGAAUCGCUAGCCUUACCAUUAGAUAAUUCGAUGCGAAUUGUAUUUACUGGAUAUUACAAUGGAUUUAAUAUCGAAGUGAGGUCAACUGAGGAAAUGGCCUUAUUGUAUCACAUGGGAUGUUUCGGCAAGGGGUCCGCGUCGCGGUCCAAACCAAGCUUUAGACAACAUGGUGAUAAUGUGCCACAGAUAAUGAGGAGGAGACAAUAUAUGAAAAGAAAUUAUUGGUAUAAAAAAUUCAGUGAACCUGAUGAAAUAACAGAAUCAGAUAAGUUUUUAAAAGAGCUAGAUGAGUUGACUGCUAAAAUUAUAUCUGAUGGUGAGAAAUUAGCGACAGAAGAUGUUAUAGAUUUAGUUUCUAGUGAAGAAGAUGAUGAUGAAAUGCAGGGUACAAAUAAUUCUGUGAACACAGAAACUACAUUCCAUUCAAAUAAUAAAGGCGAUAUUGUUGUGAUAGUCCCAAACAGUGAUUCUGAAGACGAUGACUAUUUUGUGAAUCUGAAAACAAAAUGCUGUAUUAAUAAAAUUAAGAUAAGAGAGAAAUUAAUAUUGAGUUUAGAAGAAGCAUUUUUCUUAACAUAUGGCCUUGGUUGCUUAAAAGUUGUUAACAACAACAAUAUAUUAAAUAUAGAAGAUUGUUGGGCACUUUUUACAACAACAGACAAAAGAUUUAUUCCGAAAUAUGUUGUUUAUCAUUAUUUUAGGUCCAAGGGAUAUAUUGUUAAACCAGGAAUCAAGUUUGGCGGUGAUUACUUGCUAUACAAAGACGGUCCUGGAAUCAACCAUGCAGAUUACAUAGUAGUUGUAAAACAUGAGAAUAUACACAAUGAUUGGACCUCUGUUCUUGGACAUGUCAGAAUGGCUAAUAGUACUGUAAAGGAAGUGUUAAUAGCUGAAGUAACAAAAUCAUGUGAAUCCAUUAAACUCCCAGAAGAACUUAGUUCCUAUAGUGUUCGAGAAAUACUUUUAACAAGGAACAUUCCAGUUACAAUAAACAAUGAUGAUUAAUAUUUUUAUUAUGUAACACAAUAACUAAUAAGUAAACUAAAAAUAAAUUAUUUUGAAUAGG